AUGUUAGUGGCUACGAAUCAUUGGCUUUCAUCCAUGAUGAUCAAUGGAACAAGAAAUGAUGUACGCUUUAAUAGUGACAAUAAUAAUAAUGUACAAUUUUUGGGAUAUAUCGAACCUAUGUGGGCUAGUUUAUCAUUGAUUAUAAUUAUUUUAUUUACUGUAUGUGGUAAUAGUCUUGUAUGUAUUGCUGUUAUACGUGAAAGACAUUUACAAAAUACCACAAAUUAUUUUUUAACAUCACUUGCAUUUACUGAUUGUCUCGUGGCAUGUCUUGUUAUGCCAUUAGCUGUUACUGUUGAACUUAUUGGACAUUUUCCUUUUAAUGCAUUAGCUUGUAAUGUUUGGUUAACAUUCGAUGUUUGUUGUAGUACAUCUUCGAUAUGGCAUAUGAGUGUUAUGUCACUUGAUCGUUAUCUCACAUUGAGAUAUCCACUAAAGUAUGGACGAAAUAAACGACGAAGUUUAAUGGCUUAUAAAAUAAUAACAAUAUGGUUAAUAUCAUUUGCUAUUUGUUUACCAUUAUUUAUACUUGGUCUAGUUGAUUCAUCAAAUGUAUAUAAUGAAAGAACACGUGCCUGUUUUCCAGCUCAUCGAACAUUUAAAAUUUAUGGUUCAUUCGUUGCUUUUUUUAUUCCAUUAAUUAUUAUGAUUGUUACGUAUGCAUUAACAAUGAGUGCAUUACAACAAGCACAUUCAACAAAGAAAAAACGUCAUACAAGGCGACAAAAAAUGCAUGCUGUUAUUAAUUUAGCUACGAUGGCUAUGAGAUGGAAACGAGCAGUUAAUAAUGAUAGUAAUGAUGAUGAAAAAGACUCUAUACAAUCAACAUCAAUAAGAUCUAAACAAAAAAUUCAAUCAUUAAGUUUAAUAUCUGUACCAUUAAAUUAUCAUCGUAAACGUGCAUCAUCGUUACUUGUUAACGAGCAAUAUUCAUCAGGUCGUAAACAUUUAUCAAAACGUAUAUUUGUUUCUAAUCAUCGUCUUAAUGAAACAUCAAAACCAUUGGCACCUAUAACAUGGUAUAAACGACGAGAAAAACAUCUUCAAACAUUACCUGAAAAGUCUAUUGAACAAUCAUCUCCAUCGUCAAAUCGUCAUCUUGAUCUUGAUUUACCAAUAAAUCUCAAUACACAUACGAAACGUUCACAUUCAUAUACACCAUUACUUGAGGUUGAAGAUCGUCGAAACGAUCGACGACGAAGUUCAUCUGUUCAUACAUUACUUCAAAUACGUCGAGAUUCAGCUAAAAUAAGUGAAGAACUUGCUAAUUUAACAGCUCAAUUAUCUGCAUCUAUGAAUACCGAAGGUUUAUUAAAUAAACGACCAUCACUUUCUGUUCCUCGUACACCAAGACAUGAAACACCAAUAAUUAAUCAAUUACUUGCACCAACAAAUAUUAAUCAACCAAUUGUUAGUUCGACUUCAUAUCUUACUGUUGAGACAAACUCUAUGUCUGCUGCUACUGACCAAGAACAACGUGGGCGUUCACAUAGUGCAGGAAUCCAAUUAUCAUCAUUCGAACCAAAUGAUGAUAAAAUAACUAUGAAUAAUGGUUUACCUAUUCCGAAUCUUCUUGUUACACAUGAUAGUAUACACAAUUUACAGGCUAAUGUAAAUAAUAAUAAUAAUAAUAAUAACAAUAAUCCAGCAAAUCUUAAUAUUAAUUAUAAUCAUGAACCUAUAACACGUCGUCUUACAUCACCAUCAAAAUUAGAUACAACAUGUCAACGUAUUAAAGAUUGGAUUACUAUUACAACAUUUUCAACAGCUUUCGAUCACGAUUCGACUGUGAAAUCACGUUGUGUAUCAGCUAUGAAUGUUACAGAAACAACACCAAUGUUAUCGGGACAAAAACACUAUUCACAUAAUUCUCCAUUAUCAAAUCUUAAACGAUAUUUUCCUCGUAUUGAACAAUUAUAUGGACCAACAUCAGCACCAAACUCAAUAGCUCGUGCACAACAACAACAACAACAACUUUUACUUGUUGAUGAUCAUGUUGCAUCUGUUCAUAAUUUUGCUGCUAUGCAACGAAGUAGUGUUUGUUCAAUAACAUCAUCCACAUUAACAGCUCGAUUUCUUCAUACACAUCGACCAAGUUUAUCAUCAUCACUUGGUUCAGGAUCUCAACAAGGUCCACGAAUGCGUCCACCACGUCUUCAUGAUGGAAUGUCUCAAGCUAGUUUUCAAAUGGUUUCAUUAGAUACCGAAGAUUCAUCAUCAGGUUCAUCAAGUCUUACACAUCAAUCAGCAAAUAUACAAGCUGUAACAGCAUUAGUCGGUUCUCCAACAUCGUCAACAUCUGGCCGUAAACAUCCAACAUUUCGAAAUUUAACAAAAACUUCAGCAACUAAUGAACGUAAAGCAAUGCGUGUUUUAUUAAUUAUUUUUUCCAUAUUUGUCAUAUUAUGGACGCCAUUUUUUAUUAUUAAUCUUUUAUCAUGUUUUAUUACUAAUAUUCAUCCAAUAUUUAUAUCAGUAUCAACAUGGCUUGGCUAUUGUUCAUCGGGUGCAAAUCCAAUAAUUUAUACAAUAUUUAGUCGUGCAUUUCGACGAGCUUUUGUUAAUAUAUUAACAUGUCGAAAAACGAUUACUUCACAUCGUUCACAAAUGUUUAGUCCAUCAUGUCAUUCGAUGACAAUGUCAGUCGCUCGAAAAAUGUCUACAGUUAGUAAAGGACAAGCUGAUGUACAUUAA